GUAUUAAAAAAAAAAUAAUAAUAAUAUAAUAAAAAAAACCAAACAUAUAGCUCCAUAAAAUUCACAGUUUCAAACACAAUCUAGAUAGUUAAACCGUCAUCCUCUCUGUCUUCACCUCCACUCCCCACCAAUUCAGAGUUUGUUCUUCUGCAUUCCCGCGUUACAGAAGCCCAAUCUUGUUAAGCCCAUCAUCAUGCUCAUCCUCCUCACAACCGACUUCGUUCCUUACCUCAAUCACUCAACAUUGCUGACAUCUGACAAAACUUAGUAAUAAAACCACUGAAGUCUAAAACUUGGAUAGCGGUGGGCCAGCCAUCCACUUAAUUCUCCAUUAUUCCCAUUCCCCUAUUUCAUCACCAUACUCACUCUAUCAUUCCCAUCUCUCAACAAAAAGUUGCUCAUAGAGCCCACUGAAUUUGAAAUUAAUCCCAUCUGUAGAUCCCCCGGGUCCCAAACAAAAGUACUCCUCAGGAGGGAGGGGCCGUCUCUUGCCUCUGUUAGUUCCUAAUUCCCCCCCACCGUAAAGACCAAAUGCCUCAAAUCAACAAAGUUAAAAAAAAACCGAAAAAGAGCAAAGGGCGCCAUAUCUCCUCCUUUCCGCUCCCAUCACAUAGAUUGGAAGUGGGGGUUUAAGGAAAAAAAAAGGAAGGGAAAGAAAGAGUGAUAGAGAAGAAGAGAGAGAGAAACCCUAGAUAGAUGGGCAUUCCCAAGGCCCAUCCUCCUCGCCCAAUCUCCUCUCCACCAACACCGUCUCUAUUCCUAAACCUAGCCUUCGUCCUCGCUGUCGUCGUCUCAUCCAUCUCUCCAUCCGCUGCGGCGGAUCUCUACACCGUGGUCUACAAGGGCUGCGCAAAUCAGACUUCCGGCGGGGGCGGCGCCUCCCAGCAAGCCCUCGCUGCCCUUAUAUCCUCCCUCACCGCCCAGGCCAGCUCCGCCAAGUUCUACAAGACCACCACCUCCUCAUCUGCCGGAGGCCAGGCGUUGUUCGGCCUCUUCCAAUGCCGUGGCGACCUCAGCUCCUCCGACUGCUCCGCCUGCGUCGGCCGCGUCCUCCCCAUGUGGAGCUCCCUCUGCGGCCCCUCGGUCGCCGCCCGCAUCCAGCUCACUGGCUGCUACGCCCUCUAUCAGGUCUCCGGCUUCCCCCAGGUCUCCGGCACCCAGAUGCUCUUCAAGACCUGCGGCUCCGGCAGCGGCGGAGGGGACUUCGAGUUGAAACGCGACACCGCCUUUGCCCAGCUCCAGAGCGGUGUCGCCGGUGGGGCGGGGUUCUACGCGACGAGGUACGCGUCCGUGUACGCGCUGGCGCAGUGCGAGGGCGACCUCUCCACCGGCGACUGCGGUGACUGCGUGUCCCAGGCCGUGCAGAAGUC